GAGCCGUUGGGGGCAAGAUGGCGGCGUCCUCUGUCUGCCGGGCGGCGGGUUGCGUUGCCAGCCGGGCUCUUCUGCGGGGCUCUCGGUCGCCGCCAGCCUUGUGGAGUUUGACAAGAAGAGGAAGCACUGCAUCCUAUGCCCAGGUGCUGCAUAGUCUCCCUGAGACACAGAUCACCACUCUAGACAAUGGCCUUCGGGUAGCUUCUGAACAGUCAAACCAACCUACAUGUACAGUUGGGGUGUGGCUUGAUAUAGGAAGCCGUUGUGAAAAUGAAAAGAACAACGGAGUUGGCAAUUUUGUGGAACACCUGGCAUUCAAGGGCACAAAGAAACGCCCUGGCACGGCCUUUGAAAAAGAAGUGGAGAGCAUGGGUGCACAUCUCAAUAGCUAUACCUCUCGUGAGCAGACAGCCUUCUUCAUGAAAGCUUUGUCCAAAGACUUGCCCAAAGCUGUCGAGAUUCUGGCUGAUGCAAUACAGAAUUGCAGCCUUGAGGAUUCCCAGAUUGAGAAGGAGCGGAAUGUCAUCCUUCAGGAGAUGAAAGAAAUUGAUGGCAGCUUGUCCGAUGUUGUCUUUGAUUACCUUCAUGCCACAGCUUACCAAGGCACUGCUUUGAGUCGGACAGUUGAAGGAACAACAAAGAAUGCAAAGAGUUUGUCUCGUGCAAAUUUAGUAGAGUACAUUGAGACUCACUUCAAAGCCCCUCGCAUGGUCCUGGCAGCUGCUGGUGGUAUUAGUCACAAAGAACUAGUAAACCUUGCCAACCAGCACUUUGGCAAAGUUCCCUAUCAGUACAAGGACGACGCAGUGCCCAUUCUUCCUCGCUGCCGUUUCACUGGGAGUGAGGUAAGAGUCAGAGAUGAUGAUUUACCUCUGGCUCAUGUUGCUGUUGCAGUAGAAGGACCAGGAUGGGCCAACCCAGACAAUAUUCCCCUUCUGGUAGCGAACUCAGUCAUUGGACGCUAUGAUCUCACCUUUGCCGGUGGUAAGAAUCAGUCUUGCAGGGCUGCAGCUGCCGUGGAGCACAAGCUAUGCCAAAGUUUCCAGACCUUCAACACCUGCUAUUCUGACACGGGUCUCCUCGGUUUCUAUUUUGUUGCUGAUAAAAUGAACAUUGAAGAUACAAUGCACUUUGCCCAGGGUGAAUGGAUGCGUAUGUGCACCAGUGUGACUGACAGUGAGGUGAAGACAGCCAAAGAUAUCCUUCGAAGCACCUUUGUGUCGCUACUGGAUGGUACCACGCCUGUUUGCGAUACUAUUGGAAGUCAUGUAUUGAACUACGGACGUCGGAUAUCUCUGGCAGAAUGGGAUGCCAGAAUUUCCGAGGUUGAUGCCAAAACUGUGCAGGAGGUCUGCAGCAAAUACCUGUAUGACAAGUGCCCAGCUGUCGCAGGAGUUGGUCCUAUUGAACAGCUUCCAGACUACAACCGUGUCCGCAGCGCUAUGUACUGGCUCCGUUUCUAGGCUC